GAGAUUUGUAACUUACCGGGACAGACGGUUUGCGCUCAAGAGACCACUCUUGACAACCGGGAUCUACAAGCUCUGGGUGGCCUGAUUGCGAAACGCAUCGAGACUAUGUCGAUGGAGCUUUGAAGUGUCCUGAAAUCGCAACGCGCAUCGAGAGCAGAGAGCGGAAGAAGAUACAAUUUCGGCAUUUGACAGUCGGAGAGGGCCGGAUCGCGGAGAGAUUGUGAGAGUGUUCGGAGGUGUAGAUGAAGUGGGCGGAAAGCCUCUGGAGAUGACGAGCACGACUUCCACACCAGCUUCCACGAACAGCACUGCCAAAGCUCUGACUGCCGAGCGGGCAGCGCAAGUUGUCAAUUCCACCGCCCAGCUUAUGCGUCAACUGCGGGAUUCGUCACACUCUGAAGUUGUUGCUCAAUUGCCAAAGGAGCUGUCAAGUAAGGUGCCAAACAUCAAGAAUACCGGGAAGUUGCUCUAUCAGAUGCCAUCUGUGGUACUAGCGCUUGACUCACACAUGGACAGCGCGCUUAACAGUUCAUCUCAUUUGGGGAAGUUGAAACAACUCCUUAUGACGGAUGAAGACUCCAAGCCUCAACAAGAUUCAUAAUAAGUUUUUUCCGAUAAUAUUUCGGUUUCCCAGGGAAGGGCUCCUUCAUCCACGCCAUUUCUGGUCAUGAUGCUGGAAGAGGUCUGGAAGGGAUUGUACGAAUGCCCCUUUGAACCUGAUUCACAGUCCACUUCAUUGAGGUCAAGUCUAUAUUGCUUUCCUUGCAGGCUGUAUAUUAACAAUAGCAGACUGGGUUCUAUCACUCAUUAGGAGUGAUAGUAGACUGCCCGUAUCCGAGGUGGUUUUAAAUGUUGAUUACGCUAGUUCAGUUUAUUUCAUUGGAAGAUGGAAGCCGUCUCAGUACGUCUAAUUACCGUGUUGUGAAGUAACGUGGUGAACAUCAGCUUGAUGUCUCUGACGAAGCCCUUGUAAACACAUAGAUAUUACAUCUGCAGCGGAAGGCACUCAAGAAGUCGCGCAGCCAGUGUCUUCAUGUGUGCAGUUGGAGUCGAAAGUGUGAAGUGUGGGUGUUGCACAUUCACUUCAAUUUAUUAUAUUCUCCCUUGGCUGCCCGAUCUUUUGCGGAGGCGACUAUGAACUUACGUUUGUGACGUUUUUCCUCAAGACAAUCCUGCAGAUACCUUCUGCGAAGACUGGUUUCUUUCUUCCGUCCCACCAACUAGCACCAUGUUUACAGCCCUCUAAACAUAGCGGGAGGUCAAUUUAGUCAAUGUAAGGCCUGCACAUUGGAGACCACAAUCAACACAUUUUAUCGAUUUUUAUCCACCUCCACGACUACUCGAACACGACGUGGGUUCGAUUCGGGAUCAGGGUACCUUUUACUCGUUGUUUUUCUGGGAAUUGGUGGGAAGUAAGUUCGUAUAUUCUUUAUUUCUGCACAUUUGAACUUACUCUAGAACUUGAUUUAUCUUCCAUGGAUCCACCGCUUCCGAACAAUAUUUAAAGGAAUAACGUCCGAGGAGAUUGAUGGAUUCGAUGUAAAGUCCACUGCUUUUGCUUAUUCAUUUGUUUAUUUCAUAUAGGAGGUGAUCAUACACAAGGCUUCAGUACAUCGUGUGUAAACAUUUCCAAAACCUAAGUGCUGAAUUAAAACUUGGAGGCGGGCGGUAUCAGCAGGUGCGGGUCUUGUGGGGGUCAGAAUCGGCGUGGCACUGGUGGGCUAUUGAUAGUCAGAUAAACUUCUAUGAAGCACCAUUCUUAGAAAGUAGCUUUCGUUUUGCUUCACUCUGUAGCUUGGAUUGAGAUCAUAAAGGAUCUCAAUCCAACUCGGACCCCAACUCGCUCUUCUUAAGGUUGUCUCGAGUGUCAGUGAAGAAGGCUUUUGCCCGAACGGGAUAUAAAGCCCAGCACUAUUAACC